CCAGAUCCCAAUCUCAGACCUCGACGACAAACCAAGCCAUCACGUUGCCGUGAACAAUGGCAGCGCCACCGACAGCAAUGGGGCAGGGUUGACGGGAGUCCCUUUAGCGGGGCCAUUAACGUGAGCCGGUGUGACUCUGUCAUCGUACGGGUCAGCGCCGGUAACUCCAACAGCAGGCCGGACUGUUCAUCCAACUCAACUUCACCACCCUGGACGACGGGGUGUGGUCAGAGGUGCGCGAGGCGGACCCCUCCAUCAUGACCUACCUCCACUCCUCCAACUGGCCCAACGAGUUCAACUUCACAGACAGGAAACGCAUCACACUCAGCAUGACCAGGGGGCGGGACCUGGACCACAGGAAGUACACCUUCUUCCUGUCCCCAGAGUCCCAUGACACGACCCUGGACUACUAUGUCAACGUGACAACGGGCUGUACCACUGACUCCCCCAGCGCGGGGGUGCGUCUGGAGGUGGGUGUGUUUGCGUCCCUGUGCCAGUACUUCAGCGAGAGCGCCAAGCUGUGGCGUACGGAGGCAUGGUGCCACUGGCAGGACUAAUGCCAGCCGGCCGUCUGCAGCACCCGUCACCUCACAGCCUUUGCGCCAGUCUCUUCGUUCACCUGACGCUGUCACCUUCAUAC